UAGCAGAGCAGUCGAUCGCAAGGUGUUUGAAUCAAUACAGAGCUUAUGAUCAUCAAUAGUUUUAGAGAGACUUCAGACAAAGUGAUGGCCCUAAGAAGAGCUUUACAUUUUGUUUUUAAAGUCGGAGACAGGACCAAAACAGCCAUCUUUUACAGAGAUGUCUUAGGAAUGAAGAUUCUGCGUCAUGAAGAAUUUGAGGAGGGUUGUAAGGCAACAUGUAAUGGUCCAUAUGAUGGCAAAUGGAGUAAAACUAUGGUGGGCUUUGGACCAGAAGACGACCACUUUGUUGCAGAGUGGACCUAUAAUUAUGGAGUGGGUGAAUACCGACUUGGCAAUGAUUUUUUGGGCUUCACUCUCCAGUCUAGUCAGGCUGUGAGUAAUGCAAAGAGGUUAGGAUGGCCUCUUACACAAGUUGAAGAUUCUCUUUACAUGACCGAAGCCCCGGGAGGAUACCGUUUCUACCUAAUAGACAAGGAACAGCCAAACUGUGAUCCUGUCCAGAAAGUCUCUUUGGCGGUGUCUGAUUUGCAGCGUUCUAUUCAUUAUUGGUCUUCCCUGCUGGGAAUGAAAGUGAUUGAGAAAAAUGAGGACAAAAAGAUUGCCUUGAUGGGAUUCUCAGAUAAUCAGUGUAAGCUGGAGCUACAGGACAUUGGAAAAACUGUGGAUCAUGGAACUGCUUUUGGAAGGAUCGCUUUCGCUUGCCCUCGUGAUCAGUUACCAGACAUUGAGGGCCUAAUGAAAAAGGAAAACCACAAAAUCCUCACCCCUCUUGUGAGUUUAGACACACCUGGAAAAGCCACAGUGGACGUUGUCAUUCUUGCAGACCCUGAUGGUCAUGAGAUCUGCUUUGUGGGUGAUGAGGCAUUUAGACAGCUUUCCGCCAUUGACCCUAAGGGAAAUGAAUUACUGGAUAAGGCUAUGGCUGCAGAUAAGAGUGCCGAAUGGUUUGCCAAACACAACAAGCAAAAGGCUUCAGUAUAAAACAACUGACAUCGUUAAGACUGCUUGAAAAGAGCCGGAAUGUGCAGUCAAUCAAAUGUAGUCAUUUUUUGUCAUUAUACAUUUCAGUGGUUUACUAAGGAUAAUCAGAAUUCAUUUUCUUCUAUGAAAAUAACUGUAUACACAUGAAUUUUAUUAAGCAUCUACUUACAAUAUGAAAAACUGCUUUUGGGCCUGCUAAAAAUAUGUAUAUCAAGGAUUUGUAUCAUUUCUGCUAUCAUUUUUCUCUCUAAAUGAAGUUCAGUGGGAAUUAUUAACAGGAAACCAUAAGCAUAAUCAGAAAGUGCAGUGUAGUAUAUAGUCACACAAGCAUUGGCAAUUGAAAUAAAUGUAUCACACCUUUGAUGGGGUGCCUGGUGCAAUACAA